GGCUGCUGUGGGUAACAUGAAAUCUUUGGAAACACGACCCGCAAAUAAAGUACAAAAUGGCGGGUGGCUGCGAGUGGUGUCUAAAAAGAUUUAAUUCCCAGAGCAGAAAGUACUCCGUGAUUCCACUUAAGGCAGGCACUGAGGUAACAAUAGGACGUGGUCUUGAUGUCACCGUGCAGUUGUUAUCAAGGAGGAACCAAUUGAUGUUGUCAAGAAAGCAUGCCAUCUUCAAAGAAACGGAGAAUGGAAACUGGGCUGUCAUUGAUAAUAAGAGUCUGAAUGGUGUUCAUGUAAACUCAUCACGUAUAACGGCAUUGAGGCCGCAUGUUCUUCAGAGUGGAGACACAAUACAACUUGGAGUUGUCGCUGACGGGGAAACCCAGGCAGAAUUUGUCUUCAAUUUGACUCGGCAAAGCUACUCCGAUGAAGAAGUCUCACAAAUCCUUGGCUCUUACAAAGCAAGCAAGGACAGGGGAAAUAUUGCAAGAGUAGAAAGCCGGAAAGAGAGUCAAGACUCUGAGCCCAUAGCAUGCAGGAGGACUAACGUUAAUCGGAAUGAUAGUGUGCUUCAAAAUAGGACAGAUCUGGAGGAGAAAAAGAGAAAAAUAGGAACAUGUUCACAAACAAAUGUUGAUAGGAAUGAUAGGCCGGGCACCUCUGGGUUGCCCCUCCCAAAGAGAACUAAGCUCGCUUCCACAACGGAACUGGAACUCUCUGCGAGGUUAGCCGAGCAGAAAAGAGUUGCUGAAAGGAAAGCCGCAGAGGCCGAACAACAGUUUAAUGAGUUGUCACGUAUGCUUGCUGAGCAGCAGGCGGCAAGGGAACUCCUGGAGGAGCAAUUGAAACAGAGAGAGCUUGAUAUCAAUCGGGAAAUGGAGUCUGAGAAAGAGGAGCUGGAGAACAAAAAGAAGCAGCUGCAAGAGGAGAUGGAGAAAGCCCUUAUGCUCCAGGUCCAACAGAAGGAACUAGACCUUCAAGAACAGCUGAAAAUGCAGCAGGAUGCCCUCACCGAAGAGAAACUCACCCUUGAGAAAAAGCUCAAGGCAGAGUGGGAGAAGCGGUUGCAAGACCAAGAGAAAGUACUCAAGAAGAUUCAAGCAGAUAUGCAAUCCACCCAUGAGGCGCAGGUACAAGAGAAGGAGGCUACCAUGAUGGAGCAGCUGAAGUAUCAGCGAGAGGAACUCCUCAAGGAGAAGCAGCGACUUGAAUUGAGCCUACAAGAGGAGUGGAAUAAGAAACUGGAGGAGAAGGAUAAGAGCCUCGGUAAGAUGCAAGAGGAACUCCGGACUACCCUAGAGGAGGAAAUAAGGAAGAAGGAAGAGAUGAUGUUGCAGCAAUUACAGACGCAGCGAGAAUCGCUUCAGGCUGAUAAAGCCAAAGUAGAGGAAAGUCUUCAGAAAGAGAUGGAAAGAAAGCUGGAAGAGAAGGACAAAGACCUCCAGGCUGGAUUGGAGAAUGAAAAGACCAAGUUGGAAGAGGUCAUUGCCCUCAAGGAGAGGGAAUAUGCUCAACUGCAUACUGAGCUGAUGGCAAGUCGACUUGAGAAAGAGGAGCAUGAGAUCUGUAUUCAGAAGGCUAAGGAAGAGGCACUACAGAAUAUCACUGACGUCAUGGAGAAUGAACUGCAGUGCAGUGUCUGUGCUGAACUCUUUAUCCAGGCUACCACUCUGAACUGUUCCCAUUCCUUCUGUCAAUACUGCAUCCUCUCUUGGAUGAAACGUAAGAAAGAGUGCCCCGUCUGCCGUGCUUCCAUCACCUCUCACAGUCGCUCUAUCGUCUUAGAUAACUACAUUGAUAAGAUGGUGGAGAGUCUCAGCGAAGACAUGAAGCAGAAACGGAAAGAGGUCGUCACCGAAAGGAAAAGUUUAACAGUAGGGCCUGCAUCUGGUACCCGAUCUCAUGAUUAUGGUCCAAUAGAAAUAUCCUCGGACUAUGACGACAGUGACAAUAGUGUAGAUGAAGAUGACGAAGAUGAUUCAAUCAACACGGACUACGAUCCAGGAAUAGAUGGCGAGUACUAUGGGGGUGGUACUUGCCAUAUUUGUGGUAGACGAGGUCACUGGGCGAGAGGCUGUCCUUAUUAAAAGUUUUUGGAAAAAGGAAAUGCAACUGAAAGUCCACCAGUUAGUGCCAGGUACAGCACUGGGCUGUAGUGUUAUGCUUGCUUGCUUGCCUACUUUACUUACCUGCUAAAUUCGAAUUUGCUGCCUUGAAAUCUGCUGAUACCAGACCCACGCCCAUAUGUUCAUUUUGUAGUAUUUAGCCCAGUCGUUUGAUGUCAAGAUGACAAACGGGGCACACUAUGAAGGAAAACUGCUUAGCAAACUAUUAAACAUGCUUUUGGUUUAUUUCCUCCAUUGAUAUGAACCUGCAUACAUCUCUCUGUGAAGUUAAGAUGGUGUUAUUUAGGAACUUGGCCAAUGAGGGUUUUUGGCGAACUCCCACUAUUGUUAUGUUGAAGGACUCCAACAACAUGGGAUUGAUUGUGUCUCGUAAACCACAAGUUUGUUGCAAACCUUUGCCAUGGACUCCAACCGUUCAAAGUAAACCAUUCAUUUGCUGCAGUGUAUUGAGGUUGAUAAGGGCCAGAUACAAAUACUAACAGAUUCGCUUGAGGUUUUCUUUCGCAUUCGGAGAGCAACAGGUAUAUAAGUGCUUAUCAAACGUCAGCGCAAGGGUGAACAAAAAUAAUAAUAAUAAAAACCAGUCAUCUUUGUUUGGGCUUUUUGGUUGGUAAAGCUUUGUGUUUACCAAUGUACUUAUUAUUAGGUUAGUGGAACACUGUCAGAAUUAAGGAGAUAAGUGUCGUUGGUUUUCCUGUCGCUUUGAAGAUUUUAUAUUGAUGAAAUACGUUGCUUUUGAAACCAUACUAUUUAUUUAUCAAACUACUAUGGUGUACUGCAGUAUUGACGAAUCACUUUAGGACAUGGUAUCAUUCACAGAGAUGUGAUUUUCAUGACAUAAAAGCCAUUGGACCCUUUCGGUAAACAGUAUUGUCCAAGGCCCACACUUCGUGUAUCACAACUUAUAUAUAA